UUAAGUUUCAUGGUAUUUGUUUUCAGGUGCCGCAGAAUGCCGCAACACGUCUGACAUCUGUCGAGGGUCGUUUGAACAACCUGCAGCCUACAGGGGCUGUCCUCACACAAUUCACAUCAAUUACAAAUCGAAUCUCAACAGUUGAAACACGGGUAAGAAGGGGACUUAGGAGACGCCCAUCAAGGAUUAGACCCCUUAGCAGUAGCUCACAGUUCAGGAACCUUAGGAACAGGGUUCAGACCCUUGAGAGUCAAAUGUCAAACCUUCAAACACUUCUUACGACAAAUGAGUGUUCUGAUCGUCCCUGUCGCAAUGGCGGAACCUGUGUUGACCUCUUCAACGGUUACUUCUGCCUUUGUCCAACAACAUGGACGGGUUCCACCUGUGAAACUGAUGUUAAUGAAUGCGCUUAUGCUGGAACUGACCUUGGCUGCCAAAAUGGCGGCACCUGCACCAAUACGCCAGGAGGCUUCAGUUGUCAAUGCCCAACUAACUGGCAUGGAGUACGAUGUCGGGAGACCCAUGAUGACUGCACGGGAGCAUCUCAGUCAGAGCUGUGUGGACAUGGAACAUGUGUCAACGUGCCCAGAACACAGACAAACCAGCCCAAAUACACAUGCAUCUGCGACGAUGGAUGGACCAAGCUCUCAGCCUCCAACCCAUCAUGUACUGUGGAUGUUAACGAGUGUACGGCUAGUAAUCCACCGUGUUCCCAGGAUCCUCCUGUCCAGUGUACAAACAUCCCUGGGUCAUUUGUGUGUGGAAGCUGCCCAGUGGGCUACACUGGCAAUGGUGUCACCUGCAUUGAUGUGAACGAGUGCAGUACAAACAACGGAGGCUGCUCCCGGUCCCCCUUGGUGGAGUGUAUCAACACACGGGGCUCUCGCAGAUGUGGGCCCUGCCCCUCAGGCUACCAGGGUAAUGGUGUGACGUGUGUAUUUGUUGGCAUCUGUGGUGUGAACAAUGGAGGCUGUUUCCCAUCAGCCACCUGCUCUGAGUCUCCAGGUCUGAGUGGUCGAACAUGCACAUGCCCAUCAGGAUAUGUUGGUAAUGGCGUUGGCGCCAAUGGUUGUGUUAGAUCUGGAUCCACUUCUGGAGCUUGCAGUUCCUUCCCAUGUAGGAAUGGAGGAACUUGUACAAACUCAGGCAGUUCCUUCUCUUGCUCUUGUGUGCUCGGCUACACCGGGAAUCAGUGUGAGACAGACAUCAAUGAAUGUUCAAAUACCCCAUGUCGAAACGGAGGCACCUGCGUGAAUAACGUGGGUUCCUUCAGCUGUCAAUGCACAAACUCAUAUACUGGACCAACCUGUGAAACACCUCAGAGCACUUGUGGUGGAGCGUUGCGAGGAACAUCAGGAUCAUUCCAAUUCCCAACCCAGACUGGUACCCAGUAUCCACAUGGAGCAAACUGUGCCUGGACCAUCACCACAACCCGGGACAAGAUUUUGACCCUGACCUUCACAUCCUUCAACCUGGAAUCUCACAGUACCUGCAACUACGACUACCUCCAAAUACAUGACGGACCGACAGCAUCAUCGCACAUGCUCGGCAAGUGGUGCGGUACCAGUCCACCAGGGGGAGGCACUCUCAACACGACCAGCAACCAAGUGUACCUGUGGUUCUACUCCGAUGCCUCCAUCUCUGGUGAUGGAUUCGCCGUCAGUUGGACGACCAAUGAUCCAGUUUGUGGUGGUGAAUUGACAACAUCGUUUGGCACAGUAAACAGCCCUGGUUACCCUGGCAACUACCCUCACAACCGAGACUGUGUGUGGACCGUUGAAGUAGCUCCUGCUAAAAGGAUCAUCUUCACUUUCGCUACUCUUGCCCUUGAAACACAUCCCAACUGUAGCUAUGAUUACUUAGAGCUCCGAGAUGGGCAGUUGGAUUCAUCGCCCCUACUGAACCGGUACUGCAGUACAACAAGCCCUGCCCCUGUACGAACAACGGGCAAUGCCGCAUGGAUUAUGUUCCACUCUGAUCAAUCCCUGAGUGACAGUGGCUUCCAUAUAACUUACGCCACCAUUGAUGGACCAUGUGGAGGAUCCUACACAACUGACGAAGGGACUAUCCAAUCACCAAACUACCCACAGCCAUACACCCAUAAUGCACAAUGUGCCUGGUUGAUAACGGUCCACACUGGGGACAUUAUAUCCCUGACCUUCAGUGCGUUUGACCUUGAAACUGCGAGCUCUUGCCAAUGGGACAGAGUGGAGGUGCGAGAUGGUUCCGAUCAGACGGCCACCCUGUUGGGACGAUAUUGUGGCAGUGACUCACCGGCCCCUGUCAGAUCUACAGGCAACACAAUGUAUGUCUACUUCAGAUCUGACUCUUCAAUCAGGGGAGGAGGAUUCCAAGCAUCCUGGACAGUGGCUUGCGGCGGAACCUUCACAGAGCCUACUGGAACACUAAUGUCUCCUUCCUUCCCAAAUGCUUACCCUCACAACAAGGAAUGCAUCUACAUUAUCAACCAGCCCUCCAACAACCGAAUCACCUUGACCUUCUCAGCAUUUGCCCUUGAGGGCAACUCAGGAUCACAGUGUAUCUUUGAUUAUCUAGAGGUCCGUGAUGGCGGUACGUCUUCAGCGCCGCUCCUGUCUCGGUCCUGUGGCUCUCAGCUGCCAGCAGUGCAGGCGUCCAGCCAGAACCAGAUGUGGAUCAAGUUCAAGACAGAUGGCUCUGUGUCCAACACUGGUUUCCAAGCAACCUAUGCAUCGGAGGAAGGUUGUGGACUGGUUCUGACAGGCACCACUGGACAGUUCCAGAGCCCUGGACAUCCAAAUGUGUACCCACAUGGUGCCAACUGCACCUGGAUCAUCUCCGUGCCAGCGGGAUUGGUCAUCAGACUUCGCUUUGGUGCCUUCAGUCUGGAGGCCCAUUCAAGAUGUGCUUUUGAUAGUGUGACAGUUUACGACAACUCCACCAUCAAUAGCGGCAGUCAGCUUGGAAGGUACUGUGGCUCCACCACCCCGCCUGUGCAGACUUCCACCGAUAAUGUGAUGACGGUGGUGUUUAGAUCAGACAGCAGCAUUGCCCAUGAAGGAUUCACUGCCUCUUACACCACUCUCAAUGCUUCAACAAUAUGUGGAUCAGCAUUGACGACCAUGACUGGUGUUGUGACCAGCCCUAACUACCCUAAUAACUACCCUCACCAGCGGGAAUGUGUAUGGACGAUCACAGUGCCUUCCGGAAACCAGAUUCUCCUCAACUUCACGGACUUCAGCAUGGAAUACCAUCAAAACUGCAACUUUGACUAUGUUGAAAUCAGAAAUGGAGGGUACAGCACCUCUCCUCUGGCUGGCAAGUACUGUGGCUCAACAACACCUCCCAACAUUGUGUCUCAUAGCAACCAGAUGUACAUCAAGUUUAAAUCUGAUGUGUCUUUCUCUGCUCGAGGCUUCAGGAUUUCCUACGAUGGAACUGCUACAGGUUGCGGUGCUGAUCUAACAACUCCUACUGGUAGCUUCAUAUCCCCAAAUUACCCGAUGCCAUACGGACACAAUGCUGAAUGCUUCUGGACAGUGACCACCUCUCGGGGAAGCACAAUAGCCUUGACCUUUACAGACUUUGACAUUGAGUCUCACACCACAUGCAGUUUCGACUAUGUUCUGGUCCGUGAUGGGGACUCCGGGGGCAACCAACUAGCCAAACUCUGUGGCAACACCAUCCCCAACCCAGUCAUAUCCACAAACAACACAAUUUGGAUCAAGUACAGAACCGAUUUCUCUGUGGCAGGCCGUGGUUUCCAAGCUGUUUAUUCAACAUCUUGCAACAACCGAUUGUCUGCGUUCAGUGGGGUCAUUGAGAGUCCAAACUUCCCAAACCCAUACCCCCACAGCCGGAACUGUACCUGGAUCAUUGACACCACUCUUGGCAACACCAUCAACGUCUCCUUUACCAACUUUGACAUUGAAUCUCACUCAUCAUGCAAUUAUGACUAUCUUCAGAUCCGUGAUGGUGAUGCUCCAUCUGAUGAUCCUAUUGGAACAUAUUGUGGGUCGAGUUUGCCGCAGGCAAUUGCCUCUACAGGAAGCAGUCUCUGGAUCAACUUUUUGUCUGAUUCGUCUGUUGCAAGGAAUGGUUUCCGCCUUCAGUGGCUGACAGAUGGUUGUGGUGGUGACUUGACGGGAACAUCAGGUACAUUCUCAAGUCCAAACUUUCCCAACCCUUACCCCCACCGGCGCCAGUGUGAGUGGAGAAUCAGUGUACCCACAGGAAGUGCUGUGCAGCUCACCAUCUCUCCAUUUGACCUUGAGUCUCACUCACAGUGCCGUUUUGAUGUCCUAGAGGUAUAUGGGGGCCCUGAUGACUCUGCUGCUCGACUGACUCAGUUGUGCCACACCCAAACAACAGCGCAGAUUGUCACAACCACCGGCAACACCAUGUUUGUCCGAUUCAAGAGUGACUCCAGCGUUGCCGGCACAGGAUUUAAUGCUACCUUCACUGCCAUUACAGGAGGUUGUGGAGGAUUUUUCAGUACGCGCACUGGCACAAUAUAUUCCAAGAACUAUCCGAGUCCCUAUCCACACAACACAGACUGCCAGUGGCUGAUACAGCUGGAGGAGAACCGUCCAGUGGAGCUCACGUUUGUAGACUUUGAUGUUGAGGGCUCCACAACUUGCCGUUUCGACUAUGUUACUGUUAAUGACGGCGACAAUGAUAACUCUACGGAACUGCUACGACACUGCGGUAAUGCACUCCCUAACCCAGUCACCUACAGAUCCUCCAACAACCAGAUGUACAUACGAAUGAGAACAGACUUCUCUGUAGCCGGCAGAGGGUUCAAGGCAAACUAUGUAACAGCGUGCGGCGGAGUGAGGAACGCCGAGACGGAUGGAGUCCUCACCAGCACCAACUACCCCAACACCUACGACAGAAACAGCAACUGCACUUGGCUGAUCCAGGCAGACCACAACAGUGAUCGUGUGACCUUGACCUUCACCCACAUGGAUGUUGAAAGUCGAGGCAGUUGUUCUCGUGACUAUGUGAAGGUGCUGGAUGGAAAUGAUGCAAACUCCCCCGAGUUAGGAACAUACUGUGGCAACACAGUUCCAAGCCCAAUACGAUCACAAGGAUCGGCCAUGUUUGUCAUUUUCGUCUCAGACUCUUCCAUCCAAGGAACUGGAUUCAGAGCCACAUACACCAAAUCAUCCUCCAGUUGUGGUGGAGCCUACACUGCACAGAGUGGAUCCUUCACCAGUCCUGGCUAUCCUAACAGUUACCCUGGCAACACGGAGUGUGUGUGGACCGUUCAGGGUGCACCUGGCAACAGCCUCAUGGUGUCGUUCAGUCAAUUUGCUUUAACUCAGUCCGCAAACUGUUACUCUGACUACCUGGAGAUGAGGUCUGGAGGGCCUACCGGGACUCUGAUUGGCCGAUUUUGUGGAAGCAGUCUACCUUCCAACAUGACAGCUGCAAAUGGAAUUUGGAUGAAGUUCAGGUCUGAUGGCUCUGGAACAUCAACUGGUUUUCUGGCCCAGUAUAGCACUGCAUUUGGCGGAUCCAUCACAGGAUUGUCUGGUCAGAUUGCUUCCCCUGGCUACCCUGGUCAGUACCCCCCGGUCGACUAUGUCUGGAUCGUCACCACAACAGUCGGGAUGAGGAUCCGAGUCACCUUCGUCUUCAUAGAUAUAGAAGUGUCGUUCACUUCAAACUGUUACUUUGACUACAUAAGGCUAAGGGAUGGAGCUGCAGCCACAAGUCCUAUUUUGGGAAGAUUCUGUGCCACGUCUAACCCACCCUCUGUCCUCACAACGUCCAAUCAACUGCGAGCUGAAUUCCACUCAGACUUCUCAUCCACUGGAAAUGGUUUCCUGUUCAACUGGACUGCGACCAAUGAGAAUCCAACUUCAGCAACUGUACAAACUUCACCAGGUCCAACCACAGCGCCAGGUUGUGGAGGAAAUCUGGUCGCCACGGAUACCAUGCAGAGUUUUGCUUCUCCUGGAUACCCCAAUCGCUAUACCAAUAGCUUGAACUGUAUCUGGAGAAUUACCUCCCCUGUUGGCACUCGCAUUGCCGUCAACAUUACCACCAUUAACCUGGAGUCUCAUUCCUCGUGCAACUAUGACUCUGUUAGAGUAUAUGACAACCCAGCUGCCAGAGGGCCCAUUCUGGGAACAUUCUGUGGACGUACACCAAAUGCCGAUAUCCUCUAUGCCAGCAGCAACCGAAUUACUAUUCAGUUUAGGACAGAUUCCUCUGUUACCAGAACAGGGUUUUCAAUGACUUAUCAAACAGCCUGCGGUGGAACGCUAACAGCAACGACCGGUGUAAUCCAGAGUCCCAACUACCCUAAUCCCUACCCUGCCAAUUCCAACUGCUCUUGGUCAGUUUCGGUCCUCAAUGGGAGAACCAUUUCCGUUAACUUCAACCAGACAUUCAACAUCCCAAGUACAGCUGCCUGUGACACAGACUAUGUGAUGCUCCUGAAUGGUCGAUCAGCCACAGCACCUCCUCUUGGUAAUGGAACCAACCGUGGCAACCAGCUUGGCCAUUACUGUGGCUCCUCAAGGCCAGCAACUCUUCAGACAUCCAGUAACCGUCUCUUUGUCAACUUUGUGUCUGACAAUUCAGGUAGCGCCAAUGGCUUCCGGUUGAUCUUUUCUGAGGUUGCAAUCACUUGCGGAGGAAGCAUCACCCUCACCAACGCUGUUAGGAGCGGCUACAUCACAUCCCCCAACUAUCCUGCCAACUACCCCCACAACGUCGACUGUACGUGGAUCAUUACUGCGCCAGCCAAUGAGAGGAUUAUGCUACAUUUUGAGGACCAGUUCAACAUUGAAAAUAAUCCUUCAUGUACAUAUGACUACAUCGAAGGUCGUGACGGUGGAGCAGUGACAUCCCCACUGUUGCAGCGAGUCUGUGGUACCACCCUCCCCAGCACCCAGGUCUCCACAGGCAAUGUCAUGUUUGCCCGAUUCCGAACUGACAACAGUGUCACGCGUGUUGGCUUCAAGGCACGAUAUGAGAUAGCAACGUGCGGUGGCAGGAUCAAUGGCGCCAAUGGAACCAUCACCAGCCCGAACUAUCCUCAGAAUUAUGAUGCAAAUCUGGAUUGUGAAUGGUACAUCUUUGCACCAGAUGGCCACUACAUAACCUUCACCUUCACAUCCUUCAACAUUCAAAGGUCAACCAAUUGUGCUGCAGACUCUCUGGCAAUCAGAGAAUUCAAUGAAACUGGAACUGUACUAUUCAAUGGUUGUGGCUCAAGGACUGUUUCACCCAUCGACACAUCAGACAGUUUUGCCUAUGUCCGCUUCAGAACUGACUCCUCCACUGCUGCCCCAGGCUUCAGUAUAUUCUUCCAGGCCAGUGUCGAAGCGUGUGGAGGUGACCUUGUAACACCGUCAGGUGUUUUAACGUCUCCCAACUACCCAGGAGUGUAUGCUCAUAAUCGCAUUUGUGAGUGGAGAAUACAAGUUCCGGCAGGACGAAAAGUGACCUUGACCUUCACAGAUUUCAGACUUGAAUCCUCAAGAACAUGCAGCUGGGAUUAUAUUGAGGCUUACAAUGGUAUCCUGUCCAACUCUCCGAGAAUCGGCCGCUACUGUGGUGACACAAAUCCUGGUGUUAUUGAGUCCUCAGGAAAUUACAUGCGUGUCAAGUUCCGAACUGAUAGAUCAGUCACUUAUGGAGGCUUCAGGGCAACCUACUCUUCCAACAAUGAAGCAGAUUGUGGUGGCAUCAUCAAUGGUGCUGGCAACAUCACCUCACCUGGCUACUUUGAGAACGGCAACUACACCAACAACCUUGAGUGUCUGUGGACCGUCAACAACCCCGUGAAUGUCAACUCCUCCAUCAAGAUCAUCGUAAGGGACCUGGAACUGGAACAACAUGUCCAAUGCAGAUUUGAUUUCCUCAACAUCAGAGAAGGAACCAGUCAAAGUGCUCCACUCCUGACACAGUUCUGUGGCAACAACACGAUUCCAAGACCAUUUGUAUCUCCAGUGCCUUCAUUGUGGUUCAGAUUCAAGACCGACUUCUCUAUUGUAAGACGAGGCUUUUGGCUGGAUAUUGAAACAACAUCAUGCGGAGGUGUUCUAACCCAGCGCUCUGGUGCCAUUACUAGCCCCAACUAUCCAGCUACGUAUAACCAUGGCGACGCCUGUGCCUGGCAGAUCCUGGCUCCAGAAGGCACCAGAAUAAGGGUCCAUUUUGUGGCGAUGAAUCUGGAAAGUUCCCCUACAUGUCAGUAUGACUAUCUCCAAGUUUUCAAUGGCGGCUAUGGUGACUCACCACUGAUUGGCACCUACUGCAACAGUGUACCUUCUGACUUCCUGUCCCAGAGCAACUCUGUCCGACUUGUCUUCAUGACUGAUCCUUCAGUCGGAGCAGGAGGAUUUAAAGUGACGUAUACCUUCGAGACAAAUGCUUGUGGAGGUCUGUUCCACAGCAAUGAAGGAACUGUGAGCAGCCCGAACUACCCUAGCUUCUACCCACACAACACCCAGUGUGAAUGGGACAUCAACGUGGACAAUGGCUACACUGUUCAGAUGAACUUCCAGGCCUUUGACCUUGAAGCAGGAAGCAGUUGUCCGUAUGAUUAUGUCCAAAUGAGCAAUGUUCUGACCAAUGGGACACUGAUUCCUAGCAGACGUUGGUGCAGCACCGUAUUGCCUGACCCAUUCACUUCAACCACCAACCGUAUGAAGCUCAAGUUUAGGUCAGAUUUCAGCGCCAGAGGUACUGGCUUCUCAGCCAACUGGACGACAUCUUGUGGAGGAACCUACUAUGGAGACACGGGGAUGUUCACGUCACCUGGCUACCCCUCCGUCUACCCCAACAACAUCAUGUGCAACUACACCAUCAUGGGAGAUCCAGGGAAAUACCUUUCUCUUACAUUCGACAGCACUCUCUUCCGACUGGAAGGACCAUUAUCUUGUCGGUAUGAUUCUAUUACGGUGUACUCUGGCAAUGAUACCAGUGGCUCUCGUCUUGGACGUUUCUGUGGUAACACACCACCUCAAACCAUCACUGCUCUUGGAGGAAUGUAUGUUCAGUUUGCCACCGAUGGAAGCGUUGUUUACCAAGGCUUUAAGGCCAAUUUUGUUGCUGAAGAAUGUGGUGGUAUAUUCAACAAUGCAUAUGGCACCUUCAGCACCCUGGCCCAUCCCAACAACUACCUCAACAAUCACAACUGCACAUGGAUCAUCAAUGUGGCCACUAACAGGAUUGUGGAACUGAAAUUUACAAGAUUUGAGCUAGAGCUGCAUUCACGAUGUGGAUUUGAUUAUGUGGAAGUCCGAGAUGGUAACAGUUCCAGUUCUCCUCUCAUUGGUCGAUACUGUGGAACCACCACACCCGAAUUCAUUAGAUCCACUGGUCGACAGAUGUUUGUUAAUUUCGUCACAGACAUAUCUGUUACAAGAGAUGGUUUCUCGGCUGCCUACAGACAGACAUUUGGUGUUGCACAGGGAUGUGGAGGCUUCCUCAACAACACUGCUGGCGGCACCAUCACCUCCGUGGACAUUGACAACAAUGGCCAGUAUGAGAAUGACCUUAACUGUGCAUGGACAGUCAUGAUGGCACCCAACAAACUGGCCACUCUCAACAUCACCAGAAUGAACAUUGAGGCAGACAGAUCCUGUAGAUAUGACGCUCUUAAGGUAUAUGAUGGCCUCAGCAUGCAAGAUACGCUGAUAGGAACUUACUGUGGAAGCACUCCGCCUCCAAUCAUUAGAGGCCUGUCCAACGCCCUCUAUGUUGUGUUCACUUCAGACAGUUCAGUAACAAGAUCAGGUUUCACUGCCACCUACGGACAACAAGAUGCACUGUGUGGUGGUACCUUGACAGCUACCAACACGCCCCAGACUAUCAUGUCGCCCAACUAUCCAAAUGCUGCCGGCCAGGCAGUCCGAUGCCGCUGGGUCAUCGACUCCAUGUCCAGAUUCUCCCAAGUGCAACUUCAGCUCAAUGCUCUCAGCCUAGUACAGGACUCAAGCUGUUCCCAAGAAUAUAUUGAGUUCAGAGAUGUCCCCUUGGCCCCAAGUGGUAGAAAUCUUCAUUAUUGUGGAUCAGCUGUCCCUGGGAUAUUUGACUCAGCUGGCCAGGUCAUGCAGGUCAACUAUGUUGUGCCUGAUGGAUCAAGCAGUGGUGGAUUCAGUUUGACCUAUCAGAUUGCCUCAUGUGACAGGAACGUGACAGGGUCCAGUGGCCGUAUCGUCAGCCCCGGGUGGCCAGGGAACUAUCCUCGUAACGUCAACUGUGAUAUACAACUCACCACCCCACCAGGGACAACAAUAGCUCUCUACUUCACAUCCAUGAACAUCGAGUUCCACACAAGUUGUCGAUUUGACUACCUGGAGAUCCACAACGGAACAAGUCUCAGUGACCCCCGAGUGUCCAAGCUGUGUGGCCAGGUCACCCCUGAUCCCAUCUUCAUCAACGGAAACCAGGCAUACAUGAACUUCAAAACCGAUUUCUCUGUCAACCAUCCCGGAUAUGACAUUUCAUAUACAUCCACUACAGAAGGUUUGGGAUGUGGAGGCAACUUGACUGGAAUCAAUGGCAGUCUCACCAGUCCACAAUUCCCUGGCAACUUCUCCGACGUUCAGACUUGUCGCUGGCUUAUACGAGUUCCUGCAAGGCGAACUCUAACCUUAACCUUUGCGACCUUGAGUGUCCAAGGAGAAGCCCGCUGUACAGACAAUUAUGUAGCUGUGUAUGAUGGUGAUAGUGAUGGAAAUCAAAUCUUUGGCAGAUACUGCAAUACUGUCCCGGCAACUCUUACAGCUUCUGGAACAACAGCCUACGUCAAAUAUGUGUCGACAGGAAGUGCACCUGCACCUGCAUUCCGACUCCUGUUCAACAGUUAAAUACCAACCAGAUUUGAUUAUUUAUUCUUCCAAACUCAGAAUAUUUUGGACUUUAUUAUGUAUAUACAUGUCCUUUUUGUGACAAUUACAAAAUUAUAAACAAGUGAUGUUUGGUAUUGUGAUUCAGUCAUGUCUGGUAGAUCACCGUAGGGCAAAUAAAUCAACUUCGUAUGAUCAAUUCGUUAAGUGAUGUUUGUAUGUCCAGUUGUAAUAUAUAUAUAUAUAUAUAGAUAUAGAUUUAUAGUCAUGUUCAUAGGUAUACUAACAAAAACAAGUUUGACAAUCACUUUUGGAUCUAUUUUCAAUUUAACUGUCCAGUCUCACUGAGAAAAAUCUUGCGUAAGGGUUAUCGACAUCUUCAAGUUAUUCAGUCAUGUAACUGUUUCAUAUUUUUUCCAAUAUCUUCUUUUGAGAUGAAUAUUUUUGUAAAACUUUUGCUUAAAAUUGUGUAUAUAUAGUAUGUUUGUGGUUGGAAUUGUAUUUUAUCAUAUAUUUUCAGGGAUGUGUUUCAAAUAAUUCUAUGUUUUUAUUUUCCACAUAUCAUUGUAAGUAUCACCUGUGUAAAAUCAAUAAACGAGGAGCUCCUA